GCUUGCUUUGUUGCAACGCCUCCAAUCUCGCCCUUCCACCAGCUGCGCACGUCGGACCACACCUCUUCCGUUGACCAUCGCCGUCACCAGCGCCAGCGGGCGCAUCUCCUCUCCCUGACAACCUCUUAGCCCUUGGCCGCCGGCAAGAUGGGUGGGACGGCAUAUGGGAAGUUUCAUGAUUUCUGCAAAGAUACCGGUAGUCGCCAUUCGACCCUCCCCGUAUGCAACCUUUUCGAUGAAUCGCCUGCAAGAGGAGGAGGGGCUCCAUGGUAUGGUGGAUGCGACCUCGAGGGCAUACACUUGAGCGGUGGGCGGCAUCUGGCGAAUUUGGGCUCAAUACUGAUCGCCGGCCUCGCCAUCCUCAUCUCCGCAUGGCUGCUAUACCGAACCGACCGAAAGAAGGCCGCGGUUGGCCGACGAGAAAUGCAAUUCUUCCUCAUUGGCUACAUCAUCAUUGAAAUCUGCGAAAUCUUCACCGUCGGCGGCUUCCCCCUCAAUGGCGACGUGCGACGAGCCUUCUCCGCGGUGCACAUUGCGUCCAUCGUUGCGACCACAUGGAUUCUCAUGAUGAACGGCGCGGUGGGAUACCAGCUUCUCGACGACGGCACCGCGCUGUCAAUUGGCCUCAUCUUUGGGUCUGCGGCAGCACUAUUCAUCGGGACUGGCUACAUCGCACUCGACACGGCAUUCAGCUGGACUGGAUAUUGGAAUGAUACGCUGCGAGCACCCAACCAAGCCUACGCCCUCUACACUCUCUAUCAGCUGAUCCCCCUGAUCUUCCUCGUGGUCUUCUUCAUCCUCGAAGCGGUGUUGGUCCUUCGAGUGCUGAGCGAAGUCCGGCCGAUGUUCUAUCUCGUCGCCGCGGCACUUCUCUUCGCCAUCGGCCAGAUCUUCCAGUACGUCAUCAGCAGAUUCAUAUGCACAGGCACGAACGGCGCGAUCAACGGCGGCUUAUUCGAGACAUUCUUCACCCUCCUGGCGAUUGUAAUGAUUUGGGUUUUUUGGGCGAGCAUCACCGAAGACGACUGGCCCAUGCCGGCGCAGGGUAGCGUGUAUAAUUAGGAGGGAGACGACAGCACUGCGCCAUUACUAGAAAACGGCCUGGAUUCUUUCACACUGUUGUCUUUCAUGCUGGUGGACGACGGAUUCGACUUUCUUUCCCUCCUAUGGUGAGAGCAAAGGCACGGAGAGGGAUCAAGGGGGCUCAGAGCAGGACGGAAGAGGGCGUGGGUGGGGAGGACGGCGAAGAGGACACGGCACGGCAUUAGCUAGGAAUUGGAACGCGAUGAACUAUCUCUGAUAUGGUCCGCAAGGCUGCUUUGCGAGAGGUCGAGUGGGCAGCACCACCGUCUUUGAGUCGUAGUGUUGUGUUAGCAAGCGAUAACCCAAGUAUUGAUUCUCUCCCAGACAUCUGAGACGGGGCAAAACAGUCAAAUGUAAUUAAAAUUGCCUGUGCUUCUGAUGUUUGCCGUCACGGG